AUGUCUUCUCUGAACACCUCUAAUUUACGUCCAAAAGAAUUUAUUCUGAUUGGAUUUCCAGGAAUGGAGACCUACCAGACUUGGAUUUCAAUUCCAUUUUGUGCCAUGUAUGUUUUAGCUCUUGUAGCUAAUGUGUUGAUCAUUUAUAUUAUCAAGGUUAAUAACAAUCUGCAUAAUCCUAUGUAUGUUUUACUUGCAACCCUGUCAAUUGUGGAUCUUGCUUUGUGCAGUUUAGCUUUACAGAUUUUAAAGAUAUUUUGGUUUAAUCAGAGAGCUAUUGCGUUUGAAGCCUGCUUGUUUCAGAUGUUCUGUGUUCACUUUUUUUCAUCACUAGAAUCUUCAAUUCUUGCUAUUAUGGCUUAUGACAGAUAUGUUGCUAUUUACAAUCCCUUGCGCUAUAUGUCAAUAUUAUCAUACAAAUUUUUAGCUCGAGUGUUCCUAUGUCUUCUUCUGCGAGAUCUUAUCUUAAUAGGUUUGCUACCAAUCUUCGCAUCCAGAUUGCCUUUCUGUUCAUCAAAUGUCAUACAACAUUGUUACUGUGAUCAUAUGGGUAUUGCAAAAUUAGCAUGCACUGAUAUAUCACUGAAUAGUUCUCUAGGCCUUUUAGCAAUAUCUUGUAUAUUUGGAUUGGAUGUGAUGUUCAUUAUAUUUAGUUAUGUAUUGAUUCUGAGAUCUGUUCUAAAAGUUGGCUCAAACAAUGCAUUACGUAAAGCACUGAACACAUGCGGUUCUCAUUUGUUUGUAAUUUUGUAUUUUUAUACAACUUUACUGUUUAGUCUUUUAGUUUAUCGAACUGGCAUGAAGGUUCUCCCUGAAAUUCACAUUAUGCUUGCUGUUUUAUACCUUCUUGUGCCACCAGUCUUGAAUCCUCUUGUUUAUGCCGUCAGAACCAAGGAAAUCCGUCAUGCAUUUUUGAAAAUUGUUUUCAAUACAAAAAUAACUCAAGGAAAUAGUCAGCAAGGUGUUAAAAUAUUUAUUUGUUAA